AUGUCCAUGGCACCCGCAUCGCAGCCGCAGGAUGGCCAGGCCGACUCCUCCCUACCCCCAACGAUCGCUGCCUUCUCUCCUUCAACGAUCGCGGGUUCGGCCUCGACGUCGCGGCAGCGUUCCAGCAUCAUCGUGCAUCGCAAAUCACCUCUGCUGGUGGCAACGCCGCCAGCCAUCACCCGAGCUCUCGCAUACUCGCAUCCAUUCCUUCUCCCUCUGAAUAAACUGGUCGGUCUCCUCACAUGGACAACGGGGGAUCCGUGGCAGAGCUUCUUGCUCGUGGCCACCUUUUGGACGGUGGUUCUGUAUAGCGAUGCCAUUAUUCUCUAUGCAGGUCCGAUACUUGUAGUGGUUGGGUUGAUUCUCGGCAUGUAUGGCCGUCGCUAUUCGCCUCUGUCGUCGACUACGUCAACGGGUGAGAAGCAUCGGCGGAAAGCUUCGGCCGAGGUUACCCGUCACCAGAAGAGCUUGGACGAUAUCGUGGAGACCUUGCGCACUUUGACUACGAGGUGCCAUAUCCUGCUUGAACCCUUGCUCGAUUUGACCGAUUUCCUAUCUACACAGCGGACACCUACCUCAGCGACGACACGCCCAGCCCUCACGGCGCUUUUCAUUCGCAUUCUUUUGGUCACCCCCGUCUGGAUCAUACUCACACUUCCUCCAUUCUACAUAAUCACCACCCGGCGCGUUGUCAUGUGCGUUGGAACUAUCAUCCUCACCUACCACUCGAGGCCAGCUCGCGUCUCACGUGUUAUCUUAUGGCGCUCGCGAGCGGUGCGCCGACUCGUUUCUAUAAUCACGGGGUUGUCUGUAGCGGAUGGCCCGCACACACCCCAGAAGUCUGCGGUCCAAGGUAUGGGGUUGAAUAUCUCAACUCGGCGACGGGGAAAUGGAUCUGGUGUGCGUUUCACAUUUGUUGUGUACGAGAACCAGCGCCGGUGGCUCGGUAUUGGGUGGACCUAUUCGCUAUUCCCAGCCGAGCGCGGUCCCUGGACAGAUGAGCACCUCAACACUGUUCUGCCCAAGGACAAGUUUGAGUUACCGGAUGUACAAACUGGAGACGCGAAAUGGCGCUGGGUUGAGGGUAGUGAAUGGCGUGUUGAAGGGGUGAUAACUCGGGCAAUGGGAAAUCCGAUUCCAAGGGCCCGAGUGAAGGAUGGAUCUACUAUGACAACAAGUAUCAUUUCUGACCAUUUUCAGUGGAACGAUGGUCGCCGAGGACAGGACGGAUGGGACCGGUACACACGCCGCCGCAAGUGGUAUCGUGAUGCCGAGCUGGUAGACACCCAGCAAGACGGUCCCUCAGAAGCCGUCUCCAGUCUCACACAAGCCCUAGAAAGAGAAAAAGAACAAGAAAAAGACAAAAAAGACUCCGACCCCGAGACAAACACCCGUCGUCGACGCUGGUUCGGCAGCAAAGACAGCAGCAAAGAAAGCAGCAAAGAGCGCACCAGCAGCGGCGGCUCCAUCGACGCCGGCCGCACAACCAGCGCCAAUUUUUCCGACGCCACCGGCGGCGCUGGAAGUGGUCGAGGCACGCCCGCGCGACCAGUUAGUAUCCAGAAUACCCGCCGACAAUCGCAGUAUAGUGUUCGGGAAGGAAGUAUGGCGACGAGUGAUAGUGCUAGUACGCGCGAGAAGGAAAUGGCGAGUUCGCACGAUCGACAUGAUAAAUGGAGUACGAGGGCUGCGGGGGGAACGGAACGUGCUGAGAGGGAAAUGGGAUUAAGUGAUGAAGUACAAAUGGCUUUGAGUUGA